AUAUUGAAAUUUAUAUUGUUAAACUAAGGUAUAUUACACUACGUUAUUAUACAUUUUUAUUAUUGACAAUUGUUAUUAUAAAUUGGUGUGAUAUAGCUUAUUGUCUUAUGCAUUUUACAACUUAGUCAAAUAUUUUCGAAAUAAUAUUCUAAUUAAAAUGUUAUCUUCCCUUGUCAAAGAACAUCAAGUAAAACAAGCUGCACGCAAGGAAAGCCAAGAUAUAAAAAGAAAAGAGGCGGUAAAUGCUGCCAAUGAAUUAACCAACGCACUGGUCGAACACCUUAACGUUGGUGUUGCCCAAGCAUAUCUCAAUCAAAAAAAAUUGGAUGCCGAAGCAAAACAAUUACACCAGAGUGCUAUUGUUUUUUCCAAACAAACUUCUCAAUGGCUGUCACUGAUCGACAACUUUAAUAGUGCACUUAAGGAGUUGGGUGAUGUUGAGAACUGGACGCGUACCAUUGAAAAUGACAUGCAAAAUAUCACCACUACCCUGGAAUAUGCAUACAAAGUUUCACAAAAACCUUAAUUAACACGGACCAAAAAAAUAUGGUUUGCUUUCUCAAUCUCAGUUUUCAUUGUUCAUUUGUACUUAUUUAAAAUAACUGAAUACAUUAUUUGUUAUUAUUUUCGUAUUCAUAAAGCUAUGUUUUUUCUAUAA